UCUGGGAGUGUCCUGCGGAUGGAACCAUGCCUACGGAACGGCAAAAACAGGCGCGUUCGGAGGCCAGGGUACCAGGCAGACGGCGAGGGCUGCAGCAGUUCCCCGGUCGGCCGCUAGAUGGCGGGCUCGCCAGCCUCUGUGUUCCGGGCGACCAGGAAGCAGUACGGCUCGGAUGUUUACAUGGGCAGCGGCUCAGCGUCCACAAGCACCAUGAGCCCGCGUUAGUGUGCCCUCAUCGGACAUUAUCUGACACUUUAUUCAUCGCGGAGGAAUGGCUGCCGAUGGAUGCUGGCGUUGCGUUUCCGUGCUGUGGGCCGUUGUGGCGCGCGCCUUCCUGCAGUGCGCCGCGGUGUCCGGCGCACAGCAGGUGGCCUCGACGUCAUCAUCGGCCGGACAGGUGGCCGCGGUGGAGGUUUUCCUGAAGGACCGCGCGCAGCUCACGGCCGCCCUGCAGGGGGAGGUCGUCGAGGGAAGCUGGCCUGGAGAUGAGCGCGCGGCAGAGGACUUCAGGAAAGAGCUUCGCCGCGAAACUGUGCAAGGGCACCUGCGCGUAGUGCAGGAUGAAGAGUUAGACCUCCAGGACCAGCCUGAGGGCAAGGAGCCCUGGAUCGGUGUCGUCCCAGUCAAGGUGGACGAGAGCGAAGCUCCAAAUGGCAAUCAGGAGUCCUUCGCCGCCGCGGUCGUAAACAGGAUGAAACGGGCCCUUGUGCUGGGCGCCUCUGCCCUCAUCAUCCUGGCGCUCAACCAGAACACCAUCCGGGAGAUGGACCUCUCGCAAGUCCUUUCCAAGCCAGUCAUAGUGAUCCAGACAUCAGAAAAUGUCACCAAACUGAUCGGAGCGCUGCUAAGAGGUCUGCAGGCAACAGCAAAAAUAACAUACAAGACAAUCCUCCAGGAUAAUCUGGGGGCAACGUUGACACUGUGGUCCAGCUGUGGACGGUCAAGAGGGGGGCUGUAUGGGGAGUGGCAGGGGGUCAUCUGCACUGGAGAGACCAACUCCCAGGUCCAAGUAGGUCCUCCUGAUGCCAGAGAGCUCAGAGUGAGAGUGGUCAGGCCUGGCAGCAGAGACUCACAGCUGGAAGGGCACCGAACUAUAACUGUCCCGCUUCGUCCGCAGAAGUACCUCCAGCAGCUGUGGAACACGGUGCUGUGGGUGGCCAUGAUCCUGUGCACCGGUGUCAUUGUUCAGGCCCGCUGGCAGUACCGGGACCGUCAAGGCAACGAUGACGUGGAGUUACUCCCCAAACAGGACAUCCUGAGGAGGCUGGCAGCCCUGAAAACCAGGAAGUACCACCCACCCAAAGCGUGGUGCGAUGCGGGCCAGGCGGGAGAUGCAGAUAACUGUGCUGUUUGCCUUGAGCAGUUCUACAACAACCAGUGUCUGCGCGUGUUGCCAUGCAUGCACGAGUUCCACAGGGACUGCGUGGACCCCUGGCUGCUCCUGCAGCAGACCUGCCCUCUCUGCAAGCGCAGCAUUUUGGGUAAUUUGCGUAAGGAGAGCUAACGCCACGGCCCCCGGUGGACCGGACUCACGAAGGGAUCAGUGCUUGUCCUCCCCCGCUGACUCUCACUCUGGCAGUUCAGACCUGUCCUUCUGUGCUACAGAGCGAGGGACUGUGUUCGGGCUCAGAACCACGCCUGGACUGACGUAUGCCUGCUGGGGCCCAUGGCCUUGAAGACCCUGUGUGCGUACCGUACAACUACCAUAGUGUGUAGUUUAUUGGGUCUGCUCCUCUACAGUCCUUUUACGUUCUCUUUAGGCAUGUCACGUGUUUGUACGAAAGACACAGCUUUAAGUGGUCCUGCCUAGGCACCAGUGGCCUAAAACAUUAUGAUUUAGAAUUCCUUUGACCGAUGUGAAUAGAUGACAGAUUUUUUUGAAAGUACUGUAUUAAUCUGUCCUGGAAUUCCUUGGAUAUUUGCUGACCAAAAACCAGACUGAGCUGAAAGUUAAUACAGUACAUGCUUGAGUAAUUCAUCUUUGUGUGAUCACUGAACUCUUUACUGAAGCUCCCGUGGCUUACGCCCCCCCCCAGGCUAAUAUUCUAAUACAUUAUAAUGCGACAGUUUUUCCCAAAGGAAAUGCUUGCCGUUCAUCUUAACAAAUCUACAUUUACUUAGCAGAUGCUUUUCUCCAAAUCGACUUCCAGUGGAUACUAUGUAGCGUUAUCAACCCACACACCUUAUUCACCAAGGUGACUUACACAUCUGAGAAAGUAAAUCUGGUAAAUUUACUUAUAAGCAUUUUAAUAGGGAGCUAAUGGGGCGGUAAAGUAAGUUAAUUUGCUCAUAGUACAAAUUAAAUUAAAAACUAAAAUCUCUGUUUGAUGAAGUUAAAGGGCAGGGAAAAUGGUGCACAGCAGAAAUGACCCAAACUCCUUCCUGGAGGGAUCUAAUGCAAUGUUGCAUUUUUUUUUUUUUUUUUUUUUUUUUUAAAAAUAGACCCAAAUGAACUUUUUCCUCAGCGAAA